UAUUUGCCUAUUUGUAGAGAACUAGAUUCUAAAGCCUUCUAAGGUUGGAAACAUUGUAUCGUAAGUGCUCUUGGUAUUAUCAUUGCUACUACAAUGGAAUCUUCAUGUCGAGCUUUAAACAGUGGGUUAACCUCGGAUUCUCGGAGAUUAGCCCCAACUGCGAACCCUCAGAAACAUGAAAUACGAGAGGUCUGGUGUUAUAAUCUGGAUAAGGAAAUGAAUCAGAUCAUGAUAGCUGCAACGAAAUAUCCAGUUAUUGGGAUGGACACCGAAUUUCCAGGGAUCUGCUUCUGCUCGAAAGACCUGCAGAGAAAGCUGUCCGACUACUCGAUCAUUCGCGAGAAUGUCAAUCAGCUGAAGCUUAUCCAACUAGGUAUCACUUUCUGUACUUCGGAUGGAAAGGUGGCGGAAGACGUUCCGUCGUGGCAGUUUAAUUUUCGAUUUAGCUUAACGGAAGAUGUAUGCAACUCAGAGUCGAUUGAUCUCCUUCAAAAAGCUGGAAUUAACUUCGACGCUCAUGCAAAGAAUGGUGUGAAUCCGCGUCGUUUUGGUGAACUCUUCACAAUGUCCGGACUCGUUCUCUCACCCUCGAUGACUUGGGUCGUGUUCCAUGGUGUCUACGACUUUGCUUACUUGCUUCAUAUCCUAACCGGAUGUGACUUGCCUGAGACCCAGAAGGAGUUUCUGAGUAUUCUCCGCGUGUAUUUUCCCCAUUUCUACGAUGUAAAGAUGAUGUUGACGAUGUGCCCUGAGUAUACAGGGGGAUUGAAUCAUGUAGCAGAACUGCUUCAUGUAACUCGUGAUGGAACUGCGCACCAAUCUGGAAGUGACAGCAAAGUGACUGUCGAGACCUUCUUUCGAUUACGUACCUUGGGUUUUCAAGACAACAGUGAUGCGAAGUUUGAUGGUGUCCUUUUCGAAACCAAUGCGGCAGGAAUGUAG